CGGAAGGAAAGCGGAGCCGGGACUGGGCGCGCAAGAUCCUCCACCUAGCCGAGAUCCAAAGAGCUAACACCUCCAAGGGGGCGCGGCCGGGACCAUCUAGGGUGCGGGGUGCCCGGAGCCCGGAACGGUGACCGGUCCACGGGACCAACGGGAGAGUAGAUCCACGGAUCUGGAAAAAGGAUUGGAGAAGCACCCGCAGCAGACCUGAAACUGACCCAGACUAGGGCAAAAAAUUGCCUGACUCCCGGUGCAGCGGCUCUGCGGGCUCGGGUGUCCUCUGGCGGCGCCUGGAGCAGGUGAACGGUUCAUCACUCCGGUGCCGAGCCCUCUAGAGAUUUCUCCCGGCCCGGUCCGGCCCGGCCGGCAGCCAUGGGCACCGGCCCCCGCCGCGCGCCCCGCGACCCUGGCUGGAUGCUCCGCGCCCUGGCCUUGAUGGUGGCGGCUAUCGGCCGGGUCGCCUUUGCCUUCAACCUGGACACCCGAUUCCUGGUGGUGAAGGAGGCGGUGAACCCCGGUAGCCUCUUCGGCUACUCGGUCGCCCUCCAUCGGCAGACUGAGCGACAGCAGCGCUACCUCCUUCUGGCCGGUGCUCCCCGAGACCUUGCUGUGGAUGACAGCUAUACCAACCGGACUGGUGCUGUGUACCUGUGUCCCCUCACUGCCCUCAAGAAUGAUUGUGAACGGAUGGACAUUUCAGAGAGAAGUGACCCUGACCAUCACAUUAUUGAGGACAUGUGGCUUGGAGUGACCGUGGCCAGCCAGGGCCCUGCAGGUAGAGUCCUGGUCUGUGCCCAUCGAUACACCAAGGUGCUGUGGUCUGGGCUCGAAGACCAGAGGCGCAUGGUAGGCAAGUGCUAUGUGCGUGGCAACGACCUCCAGCUCGACCCUGGCGAUGACUGGCAGACAUACCACAAUGAGAUGUGUAACAGCAACACUGACUACCUGCAGACUGGCAUGUGCCAGCUGGGCACCAGCGGCGGCUUUACCCAGAACACUGUAUACUUCGGUGCCCCUGGUGCCUACAACUGGAAAGGAAACAGCUACAUGAUUCAGCGGAAGGACUGGGAUUUAUCUGAAUAUAGCUACAGGGGCUCAGAGGACCAGGGAAACCUCUAUAUUGGGUACACGGUGCAGGUAGGCAGUGCCAUCCUACAUCCCACGGAAAUCACUGUUGUGACGGGCGCUCCACGGCACCGGCAUAUGGGCGCUGUCUUCUUGCUGAAACAAGAGUCAGGUGGAGACCUGCAGAGGAAGCAGGUGCUGAAGGGCACGCAGGUGGGCUCUUAUUUUGGCAGUGCCAUUGCCCUGGCAGACCUGAACAAUGAUGGGUGGCAGGACCUCCUGGUGGGUGCUCCCUACUACUUUGAACGGAAAGAGGAGGUAGGGGGUGCCGUCUAUGUCUUCAUGAACCAGGCCGGCACAUCCUUCCCUGAUCAACCUUCCCUCCUGCUUCAUGGCCCCAGUCGCUCUGCCUUUGGCGUCUCUGUCGCCAGCAUUGGUGACAUCAACCAGGAUGGAUUCCAGGACAUUGCUGUAGGAGCUCCAUUUGAGGGCUUGGGCAAAGUAUACAUCUACCACAGCAGCUCCGGGGGGCUCCUCAGGCAGCCCCAGCAGAUAAUUCAUGGAGAGAAACUAGGACUGCCGGGCUUGGCCACCUUCGGCUACUCUCUGAGUGGGAAGAUGGAUGUGGAUGAAAACUUUUACCCAGACCUGCUAGUAGGGAGCCUGUCGGACCACAUUGUGCUGCUGCGGGCCCGACCUGUCAUCAAUAUCCUCCAUAGGACCUUGGUGGCCAGGCCAGCUGUGUUGGACCCCUCACUUUGUACAGCUACUUCCUGUGUUCAGGUGGAGCUGUGCUUUGCCUACAACCAAAGCGCUGGGAACCCCAACUACAGGCGGAACAUCACCCUGGCUUACACACUGGAGGCUGACAGGGACCGACGCCCGCCCAGGCUCCGAUUUGCCCGUAGCCAGUCUUCUGUUUUCCAUGGCUUCUUCUCCAUGCCAGAGACACAUUGCCAGACAUUGGAGCUACUGCUGAUGGACAAUGUUCGUGAUAAACUCCGUCCUAUCGUCAUUGCCAUGAACUAUUCCUUACCUUUGCGCAUGCCCGAUCGUCUCAAGCUGGGCUUGCGGUCUCUGGAUGCCUACCCAGUCCUCAACCAGGCACAGGCUAUGGAGAAUCACACUGAGGUCCACUUCCAGAAAGAAUGCGGGCCAGACAACAAGUGUGACAGCAACCUGCAGAUGCAAGCAGCCUUCGUGUCUGAGCAACUGCAGCCUCUAAGCAGGCUCCAGUACAGCAGAGACACUAAGAAACUCUUCUUGAGCAUCAAUGUGACCAAUUCGCCGAGCCGCCAACGGGCUGGGGAAGACGCUCAUGAGGCGCUACUCAGCUUAGAGGUGCCACCCAUUCUGCUACGGUCCUCAGUGCGCCCAGCUGGGACCUGCCAAGGCAAUGAGACCAUCUUGUGUGAGCUAGGAAAUCCCUUCAAACGGAACCAGAGGAUGGAGCUGCUCAUUGCCUUUGAGGUCAUCGGGGUGACCUUGCACACGAGGGACCUUCAGGCUCGUCUACAGCUAUCCACGUCAAGUCACCAGGACAACUUGCAGCCCGUGCUCCUGACUUUGCAGGUGGACUACACCCUCCAGGCCUCGCUCAGCUUGAUGAACCAUCGGCUGCAGAGCUUCUUUGGUGGGACAGUGAUGGGUGAGGCUGCCAUGAAAACUGUGAAGGAUGUGGGAAGCCCCCUGAAAUAUGAAUUCCAGGUGAGCCCAGUGGGAGAUGGGCUGGCAGCCUUGGGCACACUGGUUCUAGGUCUGGAGUGGCCCUAUGAAGUUAGCAAUGGCAAGUGGCUGCUGUAUCCCACGGAGAUCACCAUCCAUAGCAAUGGGUCCUGGCCCUGCCGGCCAUCUGGAAACCUUGUCAACCCUCUCAACCUUACUCUCUCUGACGCUGGAGUCAAGCCACUGUCCCCACAGCGCAGACGAAGGCAACUGGACCCAGGGGGAGACCAGGGUUCCGCGCCUGUCACGCUAGCUGCUACCAAAAAAGCCAAGUCUGAGACCGUGUUGACCUGUUCCAAUGGCCGCGCCCGCUGUGUGUGGCUGGAGUGUCCCCUUCCCGAUUCCUCCAAUGUUACCAAUGUGACCGUGAAGGCGCGGGUGUGGAACAGCACCUUCAUUGAGGACUACAAAGACUUUGACAGAGUCAGGGUAGAUGGCUGGGCUACCCUGUUCCUGAGAACCAGCAUCCCUUCCAUCAACAUGGAGAACAAGACCACAUGGUUCUCAGUGGACAUUGACUCAGAGCUGGUGGAGGAGCUGCCUGCUGAGAUCGAGCUGUGGUUGGUGCUUGUGGCCGUGGGCGCUGGGUUGCUGUUGCUGGGCCUCAUCAUCCUCUUGCUGUGGAAGUGUGACUUCUUUAAGCCGACCCGCUAUUACCGGAUUAUGCCCAAGUACCACGCAGUGCGUAUCCGGGAGGAGGACCGCUACCCACCUCCAGGGAGCACGCUACCCACCAAGAAGCACUGGGUCACCAGCUGGCAGAUCCGGGACCGAUACUACUGAUUGCCUUCCCUGACAAACCUCUCAGCACUCCCUUCCUUCCUAUUUAUCAUAAACAAUGACUCCGACAGUCCAAAAGGGGCCAUGCACUUGGCUGGCACCAGCAGGCUCAGGCAUCUAUCCCUCUUCAGUGCGGGCAUGUUUUCUGGGCCCUGGAAUUUCCUUCAAGACCUUGCAAUGCUGAGCCCAGCCCAGCCCUGCACAUUGGACACACACACACACACACACACACACACACACACACACACACAGGGACUACUGCUAAUGGCCUAUUUUGAUAGACUGAGGAGGGUGCCAUGUCCAAGUCUCUGUCUGUGCCAAAACCAAACCAAAGCGACCCCACUGGGAGACAGGAGGAAAAGGUCCCUGAUGUGGUGACACCUCUCCUCCGCACUGGAUCCCCCUUGAGCCAUUGUCACUGGACACAGUUUACUGUCCAGAAUAAAACUACUGACGAGGAGGAGACAGUCAGGCCCAGCUGCAAUUCCUGGCACGCACUGGAGCGCAGGGCCACACUAAAGGCUACCCAGGGGAUGUUCUUAUGACUUGCGUGCUCGGACCUAAGAGCAAUGAACUAAAAAGCAGGUCCCCAGAAUGGGCAUUAUGAAUGGCUCUCUAAAAUUGUGGCUACAGAUAGAGUUGGCAAGAAACACAGCCCAAAGGAACAAUGAGAAACCGUGGGCAGCCUGGGACACACUGUGCUGGGACUGACCUGGAGCAUGGUGGCACCCUCCAGAGAGCAGGGUCGUGGCGUAGCAGACAUUGGGAGGAUGAAGAGGAGAGACUUCUGAUUCAUCCUGACCACCUCUGCCUGGGCAAGGCCUGGAGAUCCCCACAAGACCACGUGGGGUGUGAUACUUGAAUGUAGGGCAGGGGAGGGCCCGGCCCCUGCCCCAGUUGGCUAGACUUAACUCUGCUCCCUUGAGCACAGAGAUAUAUUCUAAGCUGCUUGUGGCUUUCUGAGAAACCUAGCCCUUCCCCUCCCCUAGGAGCUGCAUCCCCAUACUAGCAGCGAGGCUGGAGGCUGAUUUCGCAGGUCCUCUCCCCAUCCCUGCCCACAGGCAGGCCCACUCCCCUGCUCUGUCCCCGCCACCCCACGGUACUACAACUUCCCCCAUCCUGUGCCUUCUUUGUAUAUGGGCUUCUCACUAAAAUAAAUAAAACAGUUCCCAGUU